UAUGAUUAUCUCCCUUGAGAAAAUUCAUUUUUCCCGCCAUAACAUCGUGAAAUAUUUUUUCCGGGUUAGCAGCGCCACCAACAGGAAGUUUUGGUAAAGUGGAAGUAGAAAGCGAAGGUGCUGUACUUCACAAAACAGCAUGAUGCUAUGGACUUAUAUUUAGUGUAGAAGAUAUUAACUAUGGAAGAAUGAUGCAUUAGUUUCCGCCAUAUCAUUUCAGCACGGCAUUGAUUGCGUUGGUCGAAUCGUCAGCAAGAGUCCACCAUGUUACAGCAGAUUCUCCAGACGAUGACCGUCGACCCUGACCUCCUGUCAGAGCUGUCGGACGAACAGAAGGCCAUACUGUUUGUCAAGAUACGGGAGGAACAAGUCCGGAGGUACAAUGAGUUUGAGAAGAAGAAUCAAGAUGACCGGAUUCCAAGGAAACCCAAGAAAGGUAGAAAGAACGUGGACUUCCUGUUGGGCAAGAACGGCAGGGAGUGGGUCUGGGUGAUGGGAGAACACAAAAAGGACAGGUCUAUAGAGGAGAUGAUCGAGUUAGAGAUCCAGGAGAGGGCACUCAAGGAGGCCGAGCGCGAGAUCGAGGAGAUCAGGAGGCAAGAAGAAGCAGAGCUGGCCAGGAAGUUAGAGGAGGAGAAAGAACGCAUGGAGGGGGAGCAGCAUCAGAAAGAGGAGGAGCUCAGGAAACAGAGGGAGGAGGCUGAACUGUACGCAUCGCUAAAGCAAGCCAGGGAGAUGGCGCGGAAGCUUGAGGAAGAAAAACAGAAGGCUGAGGAAGAGGAGAAAAUCCGUGUGGAGCAGCUAAGGCAGAAAGCGUGCCGGAGUUGUCAAGAUUUAGAUGCUGUGGAGCACAGGUUUGCCGAGGAUCAGAGACGGUCUUUAGAGAGACUCGUAAAGGACAAGAAUCGUCGCAGUUCGGAAAUCUUCACUGAGUAUAUGUGUAAAAGAGAGGAGAUGGAGAAGAUAGCAGAACAGAACCUACAGGAAGUGGAAUUGAGCUGGCAGGAGCAAGAGAAAAAAGCGAAGAAGGCAGAGGAGGAGGUGAAGGAGUUGGCGAGGAGGGCCAGGAUAGAGUACAAGAACUUGCUGCGACAAGGCAUGAACGUCCUGAACGCUGUGUCAGCCUUCUCAGGGAACGGGACCAAUCAGAAGCCACCGGUACCCCCAAAAAGUGACGAGUUAAGAAAGAGUGCAGCCAAAGUGAUCAAGAAGAGGCCACCCCGACCCCCCAACAAACAGGCAGUGGUCGACUGGUUCCUGGAGGAAGAGAGACCCAAGGGGGUGGGGACUGACCCUAGCACCGGUAAAGUGGCCCAGUGGUUCCACGGUGUUAUCUCUCGGCUAGAGGCCGAGAAUUAUUUACUCAACAUGACGUUAGGCAGUUACCUGGUGCGGGUGAGUGAGCGAGUGUGGGGCUACACGAUUUCCUAUCGCGCUGAGGACCGCUGCAAACACUUCCUGGUCGAUACCUCGGAACAAGGCUACCAGUUUUUUGGAGCUAAUCAGCUUGUACAUAGAAGUCUAGCCGACCUUAUCAAUUUUCAUAAGAGUAAUCCAAUCACAGUGACAGGGGGUGAGUUACUGCGUUCUGCGGUCGGCCAACUGAAGGACCCCCCGGACUACCAAGAACUGAUGAGGCCCCGCAUAAGAGAACAAGUCCGGAGGUACAAUGAGUUUGAGAAGAAGAAUCAAGAUGACCGGAUUCCAAGGAAACCCAAGAAAGGUAGAAAGAACGUGGACUUCCUGUUGGGCAAGAACGGCAGGGAGUGGGUCUGGGUGAUGGGAGAACACAAAAACGACAGGUCUAUAGAGUAA